AAAAUUUUCUUGAAUGAGGUUACAACAGGGAAAUCUUGAAGUCUUGGAACCAAAUUUCAUUUUGUUAAAAUCUCAAGCUUCGGAUAUCAAUUUGUUUCUUUUUUUUGCUUAUGGAAAUUGGGUUGUUUCAUUUUCUUGAUUUUCAUCUUCAUGAAAAGAUUAUUUCCCAAUGUUUCAGGGUUUAUAAGUGAAUUUUUCUGAUUCUACAUCUCAUUGCUCGACAUUUUCAAAUUUUCUGAUGCGGUUGCUCUCCUAAUCUGACUGUAAUGCUUUAGUAUUGUUCUCGUCUAAGGCUUGUAAAAAUGAAGAAGGAAAAUAUGAUUCCUGUUAAUAUGGGAGAUCAUAAUGCUCGGAUAACACGUGCACGGGCAGCUGCCUUGCGUGCAUCUAGCAAGGUGCUGCCUUUGAGGGAAACCAGACAACAAGGGCAGAAGCGGAUUUUGCGAGCAAAUUCUAAAAGAGCAGCCUUGGAUGAGAACAACACCAGUGCUAUUGAUAAUGCAAAGAGGAGAGCAGUGCUUCGGGAUGUCACAAAUGUUUGCUGUGAGAGUUCUUAUAGGAGUUGCUUCAGUGCAGCUAAAAUUCAGGCUAAGAACGGAAAGCAGGCUAAAAAGGGCCAGCUCAAUGUUUCCAAAGUGAUUCCUUCGCGUGCUGCAGAACCCCCACGUCUCCAAGCUGACUCAAAGAUAAAAGUUUUGCAAGAUUCUAUAAAAACAGAACCUAAAUCAGAAGUUAUAUCUUCAACUACUUUGGAGAAAGAUGAGCAUUGUCAGCUAAAUAAAGUAAGGGAGUUCGGCACAAGUAACCAUUGGGUUCCAAAACCAUGUUCCAGAGUGCCAUCACAACUCUGCAGUCCUGCAAAUCAAUUGGAGAAACAAAGCCUCAUUGGUGGUGGGAUGAUAUCUAGUAAUCCAGAUGUUAAAGACAUUGAUUGUGAUCACAAGGAUCCUCAACUCUGCAGCUCCUAUGCUUCGGACAUCUAUAGCAAUUUACGUGUUGCUGAGCUUGUCCGCAGGACACAGUCUACUUACAUGGAAACAAUCCAGCGAGAUAUCACUCAAAGCAUGAGAGGGAUUCUGAUUGAUUGGCUUGUGGAGGUAUCAGAGGAAUAUAAGUUGGUGGCAGAUACACUUUAUCUCACAGUGUAUCUCAUAGAUUGGUUUCUCUCUCAAAAUUACAUUGAAAGACAGAGACUUCAACUACUUGGUAUUACUUGCAUGCUGAUUGCCUCCAAAUAUGAAGAAAUUUGUGCACCACGUGUGGAGGAAUUCUGCUUCAUUACUGACAACACGUACACACAAGGGGAGGUGUUAAAGAUGGAGAGUCUUGCGUUGAAAUAUUUCGGCUUUCAAUUAUUUGCUCCCACUGCCAAAACUUUUCUCAGGAGAUUUCUACGUGCAGCACAGGCUUCUUACAAGAGCCCCAGUUAUGAACUGGAGUACUUGGCCGAUUAUCUGGCGGAGCUGACAUUGGUUGACUACAGUUUCUUGAACUUCCUCCCCUCAGUCAUUGCUGCUUCUGCUGUAUUUCUUGCUAGAUGGACAUUGGAUCAGACAAGUCAUCCUUGGAAUCCAACAUUAGAACACUACACUUCUUAUAAAGCAUUGGACAUUAAAACCACAGUUGUUGCUUUACAAGACCUACAAUUAAACACCAACGUGUGUCCUCUGAAUGCUAUACGCAUGAAGUAUAGGCAGCAAAAGUACAAAUCAGUAGCUGCUUUGUCUUCUCCAAGACUGCUAGAAACAUUAUUUUGAAAACAAGUCCACUGGUCUACAUUACUCAAGUGGUUGCUAACACAAACACUUCUCAAAUGAAGUUUCCUCUGGAGGCUCUGGACGUUGUCAACUCCUUCUUGAGGUUGUACCUGAUAUCGAGUCAUAACCCUCUUUCGUCAUUUAUAUACAUUUCUGAUCUUCAAUUUCCACAUAAUUUUUUAUAGGUUUCAGUACUACUGACCUAUGUCAUUUUAAGGCCUAUAUCUGAGAGCAGGUCUGCCAUGCCACUAAGCUAAGCUAGGUUUAUUGUAACUAUCUUUUUCAAUAUUCUUAUCACGUCAACAACCAAAAAGUUUUUGUUAGAUUGUAAAGUUAAGAAGACAGAAUGUAACCCGUUGGGCGUUUGGCAGCAUUGGAUCAGUUGUGUCUCUUCUUUGUAACUUUUGCACAGCUGGAGAUUAUUUUGUUAUUUUACUUAUUGAACUUUUCUGCUUCUUGGAUUUAA